AUGGCGCGUUUUGGAGACGAGCUACCCAACAGGUAUGGAGGAGGAGGAGGAGGAGGAGGUGGUGGUGGCGGUGGUGGCGGGGGUGCCGGCGGACAAGGGGGCCCCGGCCGUGGCGGCAGCAGGCAAGGGGGGCCCCCCGGAGCGCAGCGGAUGUACAAGCAGUCGAUGGCCCAGAGAGCCCGGACCAUGGCCCUGUACAACCCCAUACCCGUCCGGCAGAGCUGCCUAACGGUCAACCGCUCCCUCUUCCUCUUCAGCGAAGACAACGUGGUGAGGAAGUACGCCAAAAAGAUCACCGAAUGGCCAUAUCCUUUCAUAGCAAUGCCAAGCAGACUGCCAAGGUAUCGCCGCUGUUAUGUUGUGUGGUGUGGUGUGUUGGAGUGA